AUGUUCCAGGAACCCCAGGACUUCUUUUCUAAUGGCGAAUUCCUCCUUGCGGACAGUGGCUUCACACCCAACCCAAACUGCCUUCCAAACUACAAGAACAAUGCUGGAGGUCGAAACAGGCAUGCAGGUACAGCCAGAGACCACAAAGUCUUCAACGACCACGUCAAGAAGGUCAGAGUGCGCAUAGAACACACCAUUGGCUACUGGAAGGCGUCACUGAACUACUUCACAACUGGGUCGGUCAUUGACCAUGAAAAUCUUGAAGAUGAGGAAAUAAUCGACCCCGACGAUUUGGAAGAGAUCAUGCGAGAGGAGGCAGUAGCUAGUGACAGAAUGGACCAAGAAGCUAUCCAGGAGCUCACCGAGGCCGAGCGGCGGGAUAAUGGGUGGAGGCGUGAGGCUGUGCGAAGACAGAUUGAGGACAUGCAAGCGCGGGGAGAGAACGUUGCGUAUGUGGAUCCAGAGUUACCGCUUUUUGCAUGA